AUGGAAAACCUGGUAGUUACUGUUCCGCCUUCAGUACAAGUGAACUCUAAUGCAGAUGUGACAGUUGUGGGUGAUGCUGUAACACUAGUUUGCAAAGCGACAGGAAAUCCUCCCCCAUCGAUAAGGUGGAACAAAGGAGAGCUCCCCGUCAACGAUGAAGCAAGUGGCGUUCACCUCAGCCACGACGGAACUCAUCUGAACAUUGAGCGCUUGAAGAGUCACAAUGCAGGGAACUAUACAUGUGUAGCCAGAAAUGAGGCCGGAAGUGCAGAGUCAACGGUUCUUCUCGACGUCUUUGUCCCUCCUCUCAUUGAUAGAGAUCUCGUAAAUGUGUCACCGCGUCUUCCAACCGGUCAGUCUCUCACACUCAGCUGCAAUGCCAGUGGAAGUCCGGAACCCGUUAUGAAAUGGUAA